AUGAAAAAUCUGAAAAAACAACAUGAGGCUCGACAGGAAGCUUUGCAGGAAGAACUAAAAAAUGUUAAGAAGGAUGAAAAGAAAAAGAUUAGGAAAGUGGAGAAGGAGUCUGAAAAACUUAAAGAAAAACGGGAAAAUCAGCUGGCCAAAGAACAGAAGGAUAUAGAGGAAAUGACACAACAGUAUGCAAAUGAGAGAAAGAAACUAAUAGAUGAUCAGUUCAAAAUGAGAAAGGAAAUGGCGGAAGAGAAGCGGAAAAACCGCGAGUUGGAACAAGAACAAGAUUUACAGCAACUUAAGUAUCUAACAAGUGCUGUCAAUGCUCUAAUCGCAAAUGAUGCUACUAAAAGAGUCUUGGAACAAACCAACAUAAUCACGGAUAUUGUCCAAAAUACCACAGAGUCCUUGAUGAAACUAAAUGUUUAUUGUAUAUCAGACUCUCCUAAAGAACAUCAAGGCAAUGUUCGUUUGGAGUUGGAUGAGAUCAACAAAAUGAAGUCGAUGUUCAAGUUCCAAGCCUCCAAGAUUCAGCAACACUUUAUGAAUGAGAGCAGUGCGAAUCCUGACGCUGUCAAAAUUUGCAAGAAUUAUCUGCGACAGUUGGAAGAGGCAAUGAGAAGUAAGCAACUAAUUGCAAUCUGUGCAUUGCUUCAAUUUGAUCUUGCCAAAGGAAAUAUCAGAAAAAUUCAAUCCUACGGGAAUGACGCGGACUCUUUGGCUCAGAAACUGGAAACGAUUCAAACAGAUGUUGCUUUUGGUGGCAUUUGCAUGAAAGACCUUAAGUCUGUGAUGGAUCAAAAACAAUUGAAAAAUUAG